UUCAUUAAAAUUGGUUGCUAUUUUUUUGAAGUCCUAUGAAAUUUGGCUCUUUUUACGUUGUGUCGAAAAGAUUGAAUUUUCGUGAAUUUCUACAUUUGCGUACCCCAAAACAAGUAUCGGCCGUAGUCCGGUGGUGAAAAUGAAUUUAAACGAGGUGGUGUACGUAGCCAACAUACCGAAACAAGCCACCGAUCAGGAGCUUGCAGACUUCUUUAAAGAUGUCGGAACGGUUAUCAAAGUGUCUUUCAUGCGUGAGAACCGCAACGAUUGUCGUACUAAGGUAGGUUUCGUAUUGUUCGAGAACGAAAUGGAAGCGCUCAAAGCAUGUAGCUUUGACCAGACCAUAUUCCAAUGGAAUAGGGUCAUUGUUGCGCUGGUAAACGAUGAGCGUCACUUUUGGGCCGGGCAUACUGUUAUCGUGCGGAACAUCAGUGGAGAAACUUGUGAAGAAGAUCUAUAUGAAACGUUUGGACGAUACGGGACGAUCGAAGCAGUCCAGAUUCCAACUAACAAUUUCGCCUACGUGGGAUUUAAGGAACAAUCGGCAGCUGUUGCUGCCCAACGGUUGAGUAAUACUGUACUGGGAAGUAACAGAAUCAACGUUCAGGUGCUACAGAGAAAUAUACGAGUUAGGCUGGAAGAUUUGGACAGCUUCAAGACACCCCGAGUUUACAAUGAGUUGAUGGAUGCCAAAGUGAAGCACAAUUAUACUAAGAAAAGGGCAGCUGAGCAGAACGAAAUGAAACCGGCAGUUACAUCGCACGCUAAUUAUGAUUAUUACGACGAAGAUGAAGAAGAAGAUAAUAGAGUUUACGACCCGGUCACCAAUCGCUUCUAUGACAAACCCGUGAAAACCCGACCCGAGCGUGGGCCAUCCUUUGAUGAUCAAUAUGCAGAGGAUGUUGACAUUCAAGUGCCCGCACCGCGGCGGAACAAUGAUAUACCACAACCUUCGAUUGAUUUGGACUUGACCGAAAACUCACCGGCAAGAGAUAUUUUUGACGGCUCAAGACAAGAAUCAGAUCCACAGGUUAUAGGAAUUCUUCGCAGUGAAGUUAGGAUACAAAGGUCCAAGAAUCUACAAGCAGUAAACACAGCAGUGAAGGUGGAGAACAUUCCCCGCGAAGUGUAUGAUGAGAAUGUCAUACAAUACUUCAGUCAAUACGGAGAUAUAUUGAGCAUUGAAAUAGGAUUCCCACCAUGCUCAGUGUACAAUAAGACAUACAAAAUAAUAUAUCAAAAGGAACGCAGCGCGAAAAAAGUGCUGCAGUAUUUCAUGCGUAAGUGUGAAUUUUCCGGAGUAGUUUGCACGGUGUUCACAAUGCGCCCCUAUGAAACCAUCCAGGACUUACCGGGACAAUGCGUUCUUGUAAACAUACUGCCUCCGAGCAUUGUUUUCGAGGAUGUUGUCGAGGCAUUCCGUGGCAUAGGGGAAGUUAUCUAUGUGAAGCGCGAUUGGAACAACCGAAAGCCGACCGUCGUUCAUUUCCGGUACAGUAUUUCAUUUGAUCGUGCCAGAAGCGUUACCAGUAUCGACGGCGACAAGGUUAAGGUGGUCCCGGUUAGCCAGGAGGCUUACCGCUUAUUUACCGCCGAGAACACGAAACUGAGGGGUGCCAUAAAAUCGUACACUAAAAAGCCGUUGAAAAACUUACGCAUGGUCGAUAUUCAAAUGAAGGAGAGCAGACAGAAGAGCAUGCAGAUGGUGUUUCGAACAAUUUUCGACGACAGUUAUCGCAAUCCGAAUCCGGACCGGUUCAGCAAUGAAGUGGUCAUCUACAACUGUCCGGUGCGGACGUCACUCCAAGACAUACGUCGUCAUUUCAUCAACGUAGCGUUCGUCACCGAGAUGCGCCACGAGGUGAGCCAGUACGACGACAGCUGGAAACUGUACGUCAGCUUCAGUACGUUUCUGGACGCGUUCAACGCGGUUCGCAUGAAGGGUUUGCUAAACUCGUGUCCCAUCUUCAAACACCUAGCUAGCGAAAGACCCAGACUGGAUGUCAAUGAAUCGCUUUUAGUCGAAUGUGAAUCCGAACACAUUACGGUAUCCAAAAUGUAUGCAAAUCUCGUAAGCCACGGGGCUAUCUCUUUUGUGGAUAAAAUUGGCCCUAAGCGAUUCGUCGUCAUCUGUCGCGAUGUUAAGACGAUGAAAAAGCUGCUACGUGUUAGAAUGCUUGCAAAGUCCACAUGCCAAGUUUCUCCAUAUCGAGAUAUUAUGAUGAGGACUUCACAGGGGAAUUCAGUCGGCAACAAGGAGCAGUUCCAGAUACCGAACAAUUUCUCCCGGCAGACGCUUCAAAUUCCAUUGGAUGAAAUUAUCCCGACGCAGCAACGUAUGCGCGAUGACGAUGAACGCGACGAUGAUUUUUCACCAACGCGGGAAAAUCGCCGCCCAACGUACGACAAUGAAUGGGAACACGAAUCCAGAGACGGCAGAAGGGAUUCCGCAGUCUACAGAAGAAAUUCGGUGGACAUGGAAAUCGCUGAAGAGGAACCAGUUCAACACUCUCAUUUCAGUCGUCAGGAGACGCCACGGGAUCGGUUCGACUCGGAUCAACAUGACAACUAUCAAUGCGAGUUGUUUCCUUCGUUCGAGCGGAAUAUUGAUGCAAUUACUCACGCCAAUCCACCAGCACCCAACCAAAUAUAUGGGAUGCCACCGAGGGAUCAGCAGCAUCACUACGCACCCAGCUGGGGUCCCCCAGUAAUUGUUCCACCACCCGUGAACAGAAGUGCAUUUAUGCACGAACCAUCCGGUAUGUCCGCUCCUCCCGUGAACAGAAGUUCAUUUAUGCACGAACCAUCCGGCAUGUCCGCUUCUCCCGUGAACAGAAGUGCGUUUAUGCACGAACCAUCCGGCAUGUCCGCUCCUUCGGUAGUCGCUAACGUAUUUGGUACGCCGAUUGCCAUCCCUCCUAUCACCAUUCAUCAUGUCCAACCAGAUCCGAUUCCAUUCCCGGCUCCAGUGCCACAGGAAGGCGAUCUUCGCGAAUACCUCGCAGAAAAACGCAACACUCGUCCUCGUGACGUGUAUGAUCCCUUGGAAGAGCUUGAUCGGCAGUCCGAUGGAAGACGUUCUGAGCGCUCAACUUCACCGAACGAACUCGACAGAAUGGAAAAGUACAUACGGGAGAAGGAACGUGAUAUACAACGGAGGUUGGCAUUGCUGGAUAAACAGUUAACUGUUAACGAAGAACCAGAACCAAAAGUCCGAUCUGUCUCACCGACUGACCGUAAGGCACAUGAGCGCCUUGAUCAGAUUCGCAAUGAGAAGAUCGACAUCUCUCGCAAGCUAUCAGAUUUGCGAAAGCGUAAUGAAUACAAAAACUCGAGAGAAUUUGCUCAGUUCUGCGAACGUCAAUCGGAACUGGAUCGCGAGUGCGUGGAAAUACAACGUCAGCUUAACGCUAAACAGCUAUGGUUGACGGAGAGAGAACGUUCGCUCUCGCGAGACCGUCAUGAGCAGGAGGAACAAAGAGAACAAUCUGCAUCGAACCGGGUACAGCGCAGUCGUAGUCGUAGUCGCAGUCGCAGUAAUUCUCGUAGAAGGCGUCGAUCAAGCAGCAACAGUCGGUCCAAUCGUAGUCCGGUGCGUCGAUAUCGACGAAGCCGAUCAAAACCACGGCGAUCGCCUUCGAACGAUAGGUAUCGCCGUAAUCGGUCGUCAUCGAGGGAACGUACCAGAUGGCGUUCCAGAUCCGGCGAGCGUGGUCGGCAUUAUAACCGGUCGCGAAACCAAGUCAGACUGAGACCCGAAUCGCUAAUGCGCGAGAUGAGGCAACUGGGACGGCCCCGCGAAGGGAAAUCCGAUCACGCUGUUUAUGUGGCCAAUAUCGCCGAAGGAGUGCGAGAUGAUGAGCUGAAGGCCACAUUUGAUCGCUACGGUCGGGUCGUCGAGUAUGACCUCGAGUUACGCAGAAAAUACGGUGAGGUUUACAUUGACUACUAUCAGCGCGAAGAUGCUUUCAAAGCACUAGAGAUGAAUCGUGUGAAAAUUUGCGGCAAACGUCUGAGGGUAGCACUGAACUGUCGAAAGCCAGCCAAUAAAGAGGGAUAUACCGUUGUGGUGGAGAUGCCAGAACCCGUUCCCGAGCGGGAUCUCUACGCCAGAUUCGAUGGCUGUGGCAGUAUUGAAUUCAUUUGGUAUUACGAUAACUCCACAAUUGCUACCAUUACUUUCGAGCGUCCCGAGUCGAUGCUAAUGGCUUUAGCUGUGCGAGAGUUGCACAAUCGAAUACCCAUCAUUGUCCGUGAGUAUGUUGAGAGUGAACGCUGAGUUUACGGGGCAUUUCCUUUCCUUUUAUUCGGGGGAUGAUUCAAAUGUAUGUAUACAGAGCAAAAAUAUCGGGAAUGUAUUUGUUUAUCUUCAAAUAAAGGAAUUAGUGGAUA